AUGGAACUGGACGUACCGUCGGUGGAAAGCGACGCGAGCCUCAGCAAAACAGACACUGCAAGUGAUACUGAAGAUAUCACUCAACCAGGUAUGUAUUUUCAAGGCUGGUUAAAGUUAUUAAUACAACUACUGUAUCACUGCACGCUUGUGCGAUGUCCUGUUUGUCAACCGCUUGAAUAGACGAUUUUAGUAUGCUGCCCUUUGAGUGAACAUGAGGCUGAGCCGGUUGUGCUUGCUUUGAGUCAAACCUCUUGCUUUUCUCACGUAAAUUACGCUAAAAAAAAUACAAGUUAGCUUUAGAACAACAUGAUCCAUAAUUAGAUAUAAUAAAGCACGGAGGUUUGUAUCAAAACAAGGUCAACUCCAGCCUCGUUUCCAUCCAUAACUGUCUGCAUGAUCAGGGACGGGCAGCAUGAGGGGAGGGGGGAGGGAGCUUUCGGAUUGUUAAUGGAAUGCCCCCCAGAGUAACAUUUCUUUAGUGCAAAUGAGGGUGGAAGGAAUGUUAUUUAUAGUAGAAGGCCAUAUCAUAAGCACUAAGCAACACCUAAUUUGUAGUUUCACCUAAAUUUCUCAUGAAAAUGGUUUUUGUAGGCAGGCAUGGAAAUGCUAUUCAACAAGUCAUCCACAUACCGUCAGCUUCAGAUAACAACUCCAGACCCAUAGGAAUAACAGUGCAGCGUAGAUAUUCCUCUUCUGAGGAAUCAGACAACGAAAUUACAGUUGAAGAUGACAGCAGGGCUGCAGGAUACAUCAACGGUAAGUUUGCUAUAAAAAGGGAUGAUACCCCUUACAUAAGCCCUCAGUAAUGGCACUUAUGCGUGAUUACAUCAGAUGAGCAAAUUCACGAUAAACCCUAAUUUUUUUUCCUUUGUUUCAAACUCAUCCAUACCCUUAAACAAAGGAAAAGAAAAUUUAAACAAGGAUAAAAUUAAACCACAACAUAUGCAUGUGCUUUAUUUACUCGCAGGUUUUUUGUUUCAAGCUGAAUAAACCUAUCUGUGCCAGUACAAUCACAUGACUGCAGUUUUGGGGGGUGCUCAUCAAUAAUUAUUGUUUGUUGUUUUUGUGGGGGUAAAAAAAGUGGUGGUCCACAGAAAAAGGUUCUCAGGUUACUGUUGCCAAGAACCAGUGAUAAACUCAACUUAAUGACUGUAUUUACCUGCGGAUAGGCCGCACUUUUUCCGGAAAACAUGGGACCGAAAUUAGGGUUGCGGCCUUUACGUGGGUACAAGCGUUUAAAGACACCUCAUUUUUGUGUCAAGCUGAAUAAACCUAUCUGUGCCAGUACAAUCACAUGACUGCAGUUUUGGGGGGUGCUCAUCAAUAAUUAUUGUUUGUUGUUUUUGUGGGAGUAAAAAAAGUGGUGGUCCACAGAAAAAGGUUCUCAGGUUACUGUUGCCAAGAACCAGUGAUAAACUCAACUUAAUGACCGUAUUUACCUGUGGAUAGGCCGCACUUUUUUCCGGAAAACAUGGGACCAAAAUUAGGGUUGCGGCCUUUACGCGGGUACAAGCGUUUUGACACCUCAUUAAUAUGCAAGAGAUCUCACAGUUGUACACUAAAUUGGCGUUUUAAUGUUUGCUUUCAAUUGUUACUAACUUACAACACAUACAACUAAACACUAAGUCCAUAUCUUCGAAGAAUCUUGAUUUUGUCUUUAAGUAUUCUGUACAUAAAAUGUUAGUGAAAAGGCGUUUCAGUUUAUAGUUUGAAUAUUUUCACGUUCAUGUAGAAAUUAUUGUCAAAAAUGAAUUUGUUGUUGAUUUCAAACUUCGGUUUAUUUAUCCCGGUACUCGACCUCACUAUUUUUUUUUUCCCAUGAAAACCAUUGAAAGUUUGGGGUGCGGCCCAUACGCGGGUGCGGCCUAUCCGCGGGUAAACACGGUAUGUAUUAUAUUUGCACCUGUAUUUUUUGUAGAAUCCGGAGGUGAGUGCUAGCAUAGCUGUUUGUCCAACCAACUGUACCCUCCUUUCUGUUCUAUUCGUAGUAUUUUUCAAUGAUGUUACUUUGUUUUGAUCAGGUUUGGCCCCACCUGAAGUGCUACUGAAGAACUACAGAAGGCAAGCACGUGAAUUUGCCAACAUGGGAGAUGAGAGAGCUGUGUAUGAUCGCAUGCGUUGUGUGGCCUUAACUAGAAUUAUUUAUGGAGACAAUCACUGGAAGCUGGCAAAAGCUUAUUCCAAGUUGUCACAGGCAUAUCUUGAAAUAAGAGGUAGGUAUAUUUAGUACAAUACAUAUUAUGUAAGUAGUUUGUAAUUAAACUUCAGUAUUCCCGAUAACUUGAACCAUCUAGGGGAAUGGAAAAAGUUCGAGUUAUUUGGAGUUUGAAGCAAAUAACCGGAAAUAACUUGGAAAUAAGCAAAUGGAUGGAGAGGGAAUGCAAAUAUAAUUCUGUUAUAUUAUAUUAAGAAUUAUUUGUUUCUAAUUAUUUGAGUUGAGUGCUUGUAAACUAGCUGGAUAUUAGGGCAAAAUGCACUUUUUACCAGGAAAAUUCUUUUGACCUUUGACCUUUAAAUUUGCAAAAUUUGCACUAGAAGCAGAUGAGACCACCUGUCAAAAGGUGGAUCAUGGGAGGCCAAUUCUAAAGAAAAUGUUUAAACUACCACCCUGAAGCUGAUUUUAGUUGUUUAGGUUCCAGCAUUAUUUUCAAGGAUGAAGCUCAUGUCAAGAGGUGGUUGUGUGUAUGUAGUGGACACACAUGAAAGUUUGUCAAUAAUCCUUGAUAUUUAUAGAGUCAAAUGUCCUUAGUACAGACACUAAAGAGACACAUCCAAGUGUCCAUUUUGCAGAUCAGAGGUGUCAAUUUGUUCUAGGAACAACUGUGAUUCUCAUUUUUGGAAGCAGAAUAACUGCCCUUAAUUAAGGGGUGUCUGGAUUAUGCAGGAAUCUGUAGCAGGAGUUCUUCAUAAAAGUACUUAUUCAAGACUCAGCUUAUCACAAUUUUGGCUCUUGUUUUUUUUUCAUAGGAUUGGCCCAACAAGCCCUGUUGCAUGCUGGAAAUGCACGUGAUGUGUUACUAGCAGCAGAUGCAGCUAAGCAACAAGGCAGACAAGUUUACGAGAGAUCAGAUGUUUUACCUGUCAUGGAGUUAAUAUACCUCACAAUGGGCCAGGCUCAGCUUGCCUUGAAGAAGUAAGUUGUGAAAACCCUCUGAAAUUUAACUCCAGACCUGAACAAUAAACCAUGGAGUUCAGGCCACCCAAACUCACAUGACAAGGAAGUGUGAUGUGUAGUGAUAUGAAAAAUUCUUCCUUGUGGGGAAGAUUUGCUCAGAGGUACAUGUUUUAGUUACUCAUACUGGAUGGGUGAGGUUGCAUUAGGGUCAAGGUUUUAUAGAGGUUGAAGGACUUAAGCUGUUGAAAAACAUUUGAAUCCCUCUUCCAAAACACUGCUGCCACCACCAUGCACCACCACUGUUGCUGCUGUGAUGUACCACUGCAUUCAGGUGUCUCUCAGAGAACUUCCCGGAAAGGUCCAGUGGUAGGCAACUGAAUUAUCAAUAUCAUGCCAUGGAAUCCAGAAAUGUUUUCGCAAGUAAAAUUGACUUGGUUACAUGCACUGCAGUAGGACGUUUGAUUACCAUCUGUUUCAAUAAGCAUGCAACACUGAAAUAGAUACUGUUGCUUCAUACAAAACUAAAGGUUUUUGGUAUAGGCUUUUUAUCUGAAACAGUUCCCAAAACAAUUUUUGUUCAAACUAAAGAUGUUAAAAACGUUGGUAGAAGCAAUGUAAUUUCCUUUUGUUUUAUAUAGCACUCAGAAGGCAGAGCACACCUUAAAAAAAGCAGAAGUAGUAUCAAGAGAAAGAGAAGAACUUGGAUUUGAAUACCGUGAUCCGCAGAGGAGACUCCAAAUACUUAUGUCACUUGGGCGGGUCAGUCUGAAGGCUCACAAGACGGGAUAUGCUUUGGAGUCUUUUGAAAAGGUACAGUAUGGUAUGAUUGUUAUCUGACCGUGUACUCUAGAUUUUGUAAUAUCUGUUUUUUACGAUUUUACCCCCUUUACUAUGAUCCGCAUCAAGCAGUUCCCAAGGGGAAAAAUCCCGGAAAUUCCCGUCCUCAAAAUUGACUCCAGUAUUGACUGCGAGACAGAAAAUGGCCCUAUAAACGAAGAAUAUCGAUGCAAAUCAAGUCGAUAAGUUAACACAUAAUUUGACUUAUAACAAGAUUGCAAAAAAUACCUAAUCCAUUGCUCUGGGAUAGAAGAGCAAACUAAUUAUGCCAUCGCGCGUGAAUAAUUUCACGCACGAGGGAGGAGACACACGGAGGCAACUGAGACAAAAACUCAUAUUACUGUAAUUUUAAAGUCGAAAACUUCGAUCUCACACCACGGACUAAUUUCUUAAACCGUGAGGAAAAAUGUACGCUAUUACAGCCAGAACUUACACAUUCGUGAGAAAUUUAUAAAGUAAAUAAACUAGACUAGAACCAACUCGAGAAAAGAAAAAUCCUUUGAGUGAUAGUACUUCCCUCCUACGGAAAUCUUUGGAACUUCUUCGGAAUUGAUCGGAAUACUUUUCAGGAUGAAAAAACUGAUGCCUCAAAAUGUUGGCAGGUUUUUUUUUUCCUGAGAAAUUCCAAAUGAUCAUGGGUCCUUUGUUAUUAUCUUCAUCAUCAUUAUUAUUAUUAUUUCUGAUUGGUGUUUCCAACUUUGUGUUUAUUUCUUAAGGCACUCGAAAUUGCCCGGACACAGUACGGUGAAGGUUAUCAUAAUCAGUAUCAGUAUCGUCAUCACCUUCACUGUCGUCGUCGUCCUCCUCCUCCUCCUCGUCAUGAUCAUCAUUACCGUCACUAUCAUCAUCAUUAUAAUUACUGAUUGGUUUUUCCAACUUUCUGUUUAUUUCCUAAGGCACUAGACGUUGCCCAGACACAGUACGGUGAAGGCAGUAAAGAGCUUAUUCCCAUUUACCAGUGUUUAGCCCGAGCAGAAAGUAGCCAUGGUGAUUCAUCCAGCCAUGAAAGG